GCAAGGCAAAGACAUGCAGGAAGAGAGAAGACAUGCUCUGUCGUUUAAUUGUCAUUUUCUUUGUUCAGAGUAUCGAGUGGACGCGGUCACAGAAGACGUUAAGUCUUCAGACUGGAGCGUCUGUCACAGUCCCAUGUCAUUAUCAUCUGAAAUAUAUUCAGCACAAGAAAUACUGGUGCUAUGAUGCUUCAUCAGCGUACAAUUACUGCAGGAUUCUGGCAUAUGCCAAUACCACACAGGAGAAGGUGACAGUGAGUGAUAACCCAGCUCAGAGUCUCUUUACUGUCUCCAUGAGGGACCUACAGAAGGAGAACUCUGGAGCGUACUGGUGUGCUGUGGAGAUUGGAGGACGCUAUGAGGCAGAUAUUGCAGAACAACUUUAUUUGCGAGUUGACUCAGACCCCGCGGUGUCUGUGCUGGAGAGCAGAGUGAGUGGAGCGGAGGGGAGCAGUGUCAGUGUCCAGUGUCUCUACAGCGCUGCAUAUAAGAAAGAGGUGAAGAAGUGGUGCAGAUCUAUAGACUGGACCUGCUACACAGUGGGGAGGACCAACACAUCCCAGAAUUCAGCAGUGCAGAUCAGUGAUGGUGGGGAAGGAUCCUUCAUGGUGUUGAUGGCUGGACUGAAGAAGACUGAUGCUGGCUGGUACUGGUGCUCUGCUGGAUAUCUACAGGUUCCUGUUCAUCUUAUCAUCUCUGGAUCUGCUACACGUGCAGUGUCUCCCCCUGCUGGUGUGUCUGUGUGCCUGCUGAAGACGGUGCUGUGCUCCGUAGUUCUGGUCCUCAUGAUGUGUGCAGUCCUCACUGUCACAUCAAAGAGAAGUUGCUCCAGUCAUAUGAAAAACACGCACAAUAGUUUAUUACUGCUAUUCUAACCGAACGGCCGUAUUUACAAAUUCAUCUUUGCUUUGUUUAGGUCUUAUAUACUAAUCUUUUAUGGAUGGAUCAUAUUUGGAAAAGUUCUGAGCCGACGUUGAGACUUUGUGGACUUUACUGUGGCUGUAUUAUGACAAUGACCUUGUAGCUCACUCUCAUCCAUUUGCACUGAUCUUUAAUGAGCGAAGCAUUACUGUUAAUUCAGGUGUUGAUGUUAUUAUUGAUAACAGUCAUUCUAAUAAAUGGGGUAUGAGUC